UUCCCACGCCGCAUCGGCCAAGUCGUCGUCUUCUCCCUGCGCCCGCCGCCCGAGGCCUCCUCUUCCCUCCCCUUUAAAAUCCAAACGCCCCUCCCCUCCCUCCAACCGUCCCCGGCCAAACCCAGCGCCGCUCCAAGUCCAAAUCCCCGCCCAAUGGAGGACCCGCCCUCGCCGGAGCCCGAGGCCGAAGCGGCGGCCUCCCCGCCACGCGACAUGGUGGAGUCGUCUCCGCCGCCGCCGCCGCCGCGGCGGAGGCUGCUGCGGCUGCGCUGCGCGGUGCAGCACUACGAGUGGGGCCGACGAGGGGGUGCGUCCCUCGUCGCGCGCUUCGCCGGCGACCCGGACCCCGACCCGGACCGCCCCUACGCCGAGCUCUGGAUGGGCACGCACCCGUCGGCCCCUUCGACGCUCCUCGACGGCGGCGCGCUCCUCCGGGACUGGCUCUCGCGGAACCCCGACGCGCUCGGCCCCGCCGUGGCCGCACGGUGGGGAGGCGACCUCCCAUUCCUCUUUAAGGUGCUGUCGGUGGCGAAGUCCCUCUCGAUCCAGGCGCACCCGGAUAAGCAGCUCGCCGAGGUGCUGCACGCGCUGCGGCCGUCCACAUACAAGGACGGCAACCACAAGCCGGAGAUGGCCAUCGCCAUCACCGAGUUCCGGGCGCUUUGCGGCUUUGCCGGUAUUGAGGAGCUCAAGGAUGUUUUGAGGACUGUACCUGAAGUUGAAGGGCUGGUUGGGCAUGAAGAUGCUGGCAAGAUUAUGAGUAUGAAGGAGUAUGAUGGGGGUAAUGAAGCGAAGUCCAGUUUGCAAUCAGCUUUUGCUAAGCUAAUGACAGCAAGUAAAGACGUGGUUUCUGAAGCAAUUGCAAAAUUGAUCAAUCGCCUGAAUACUGAGAGCAAGAUUAGGACAUUAACAGAGAAAGAACAAUUGGCUUUGUCACUGGAGAGACAAUAUCAAGAAGAUGUUGGCGUUCUAGCAGCACUUUUCUUUAACUAUGUCAAGCUCAGUCCUGGUGAAGCACUUUAUAUUUGUGCAAAUGAACCGCACGCAUACCUCUCUGGGGAAUGCAUUGAAUGUAUGGCCACUUCAGACAAUGUUGUCCGCGCUGGUUUGACACCUAAAUACAUAGAUGUGCAAACUCUUUGCUCGAUGCUAACAUACAAACAGAUCUUCCCGGAAAUCUUGCGUGGGGUCCCUGUGCAACCAUACGUAAGGCGCUACACCCCUCCAUUUGAUGAGUUUGAGGUCGAUUGCUGUUUGGUACCUCCAGGCGAACUGGUUGUCAUAUCCCCGGUGCCAGGUCCAUCCAUCUUUCUGGUGAUGGCCGGGGAAGGCGAGGUUCAGGUAGAUUCAAUGUCAGACUGGGAAAAGGCAAAGGAAGGUGACGUUUUUUUCGUUCCCGCAUAUACUGAGGUUAUGCUCUCUGCUUGUGGCCCUGAGUUCAUGCAGCUGUACAGGGCUGGGGUAAACAGCAGAUUCUUCAGUUAAUUGGUGCGUGGAUCUUCGGUUGCAGGGAGGGUUUAGGGUUGUAAGUGCACCACACUGUAGUUGUAGGGAAGAGGUCCCAGCUAUAAAAUAUACAUGAAAUGAUUAGUUAGCAAAAGUUCUCAUAUACUAUUGUAUAGGGCCACAUGCCAAUGAAAGAAUAAAUUGGUUCCCUUCAUAUCUUGGUAAUUUAGUCUAAAGAUGUCUUACAGUGCAAUCCACAAUGAUGCAAUAAAAAUGAAUAAAAUGUAUGGUUAAAUUUCAACCAUUUUUGGUUGUCUUGUGCUUCAGAAUUCAAUUAUGAGCUGUCCAAUGCUCCAGUCCUGGAACAUUUGGAUCAUUGGAAACAGAUGUUCACACGCAUUGCAGAUACGGCAUGGAUGCGCCAAGUAAGUACAUUCUACUCUGAACUUUUGAACAAUUCCUCUUAGCCACUUGAACCAUACAAUCGGGUACUUGACCCGCACACUUACAAAACGAGGCCAACUUACUUAACCCGCACUGUUCUGGCUAGUGCAUGUCGAUUUUGCGUUGCCCCAUCUAAGGAUGGCAACGGUACUCUAACCGUGGAUAGAAGCUAU